AGUUGGCUCAGAAUGUCGAAAUGUCCUGAACUAAUGGAACAUGUGGUUCAAAUUUUUCUCCGCUGGGAAAUGGGAGGCACAUUUUGACAUUCUGCUCCAAUUUUGAGGGUCCUAUAUUGGGUCAUUUGGCUCACGUUUUGACAUUUAUUAUCAUGACAGUUGGAGUAAAUUUUGAUAUUUCAGUUCGUUGGAACGUUUGGUUCAAAUUGUGACGUUUUGCUUAUUGUGAGAGUUGGUCCAAAUCUUACAUUUAUAGAAUCUACAUUUCCAUUCAUACUGUAGCUCGCUCAAAUUUGGACAUUUUCUUAACCAAGACAAUUGGAUCAAAAGUUUAGAUUUCCCUCAUUGGGACAUUUCUCACUGGAUCGGUUUGCAGCCACGUGUGAAGCGGCUGGAAUAAGAAUCAGCACCUCCAAGUCCGAGUCCAUGGUUCUCGCACAGAAAAGGGUGGCGUGCCUCGGGGUCUUGUUCACGAGUGAGGGAAGGAUGGAAUGCAAGAUCGAUAGGCGGAUUGGCGAAGCGUCUGCAGUGAUGUGUACUGUCCAUCAGUCCGUUGUGGUGAAGAGGGAGCUGAGCUGAAAGGCAAAGCUCCCAAUUUAGCAGUUGAUCCACGUUCCUACCCUCACCUAUGGUCAUGGGUUUUGGGUAGUGACAAGAUCGCGGGUACAAGCGACCAAAAUGAGUUUUCUCCUGAGGGUGGCUGGGCUCUCCCUUAGAGAUAAGGUGAGAAGCACUGUCAUCCGGGAGAGACUCGGAGUAGAACCGCUCCUCCUCCACAUUGAGAGGAGUCAGAUGAGGUGGCUCGGGCAUCUGGUCAGGUCAGGUCAGGGCACGUCCAACUGGUAGGAGGAUACAUUGGAGAGACUUUCUCGGAAGUAGCCGGGGAGAGGGAAGUCUGGGCUUCCCUGAUUAGGCUGGUGCCCCUGCGACCCGACCCGACCUCGAAUAAGUGGAAGAAGAUGGAUGGAUGGAUGGGACAUUUAUCUUAAAAUGUUGACAUUUCCCUAUCUGGACAAUUUCCCUUAAUUGGUAUUUAUUUGGAUCAAAUUUGGAUGUUUCCUGUAUCGGGUGAUUUUCCCAUUUUUCUUACUAGUACAGUUGGAGUAAACUUUCCUUCAUUGGAACAUCUGGAGCAAAUGUUGACAUUUCCUUUCCUUUUCUGGGAAAUUUGAAGAACAUGUUGACAUUUCCCUUGAAUGAUAAAUUGGCUCAAAUCUUUACAUUUCUCUUAGGAGGACAUUUAGCUCACAUUUUCACAUUCCUCUCAUCUUUAUAGCAGAGGUCCCCAUGUGAUUUAAAAAAAAAAAAGACAUGUUUUUAAAAAAAAUUGUUUUGUCAGUAACUACAUCAACUAUUUUGGAAAUGCAUAUCAAUUUUGGAAAUGAGGACUAUUAUUUUAUUGGAAAAAUAAUAUACCGUUUAUGUUGUUGUGUUUCAUUGUUUUUCUCCAAGCGUGUAUUCCCACUUUCUUCGGCAUCCUUGAACACACACACCCGUGUUUCUUUCACCUCGUUGUUGUUCCCAAAUCCUGAUGCUGUGUGUGAAUGCAUGAAGGUGGGGUUUGAUGACGAUAUGUCUGCGUUGAGUUCGAGCGGCGCAUAUAACCUCAGGUUAAUUCAUGUUAGCACACUGCCUGGCACCUAGACAUCAAACAACGAUUUGAUCAUCUCCCUUGAAAGCAAACUCCAAGCAAGUAUGGUACGGAGCUUGAGCUCGAGUGAACCGGUCCGUUGACUCAAAACGGGUAGAACCAUGUGGCUCAAAUCGGGAAAUGUGAACGAAUUUUGACAUUCCUCUUGGCUCACAUUUUGAUAUAAAAUAUACAUCUGGCUUGUUUGAGCAAAAUCAUUAAAAAGUCAGCUGCUCAAAAUAACUAAACAAAAGCAGAGUUUGCUAAGAAUAUAACAAGAUAUAAAAUAUAUUUGAUCAAAGGGCCUAGUGGUUAGCAUGUUGGCCACACAGUCAGGAGAUCGGGAUUACCUGGGUUCAAAUCUCCGUUGGGCAUCUCUGUGUGGAGUUUGCAUGUUCUCCUCGUGCGUGUGUGGGUUUUCUCCAGGUACUCCGGUUUCCUCCCACAUUCCAAAAACAUGCAUGUUAGGUUAAUUGGUGACUCUAAAUUGUCCAUAGGUAUGAAUGUGAGUGUGAAUGGUUGUUUGUCUAUAUGUGCCCUGCCAAUGGCUGGCGACCAGUCCAGGCUGUACCUCGCCUCUAGCCCGAAGUCAGCUGGGAUAGGCUCCAGCAUACCCGCGACCCUAGUGAUGAUAAGCGGCAUAGAAGAUGGAUGGAUAUUUGAUCAACACAACAAAAAGCACGUUUAUUUGUGGAAAACAAAUAUUGAGCAAGCUGCGCCCCAUUGCACAAAAAUAGGAUGAGGGAUUAAGCCAGGAUAUCUUUGUUAGCCUGACUCAGUUUAUCCAUGAUCCAUGAAUUACCAUGGAGAUUUAUUCUGUGGAGUUAGCAGGCUUAGGUCCAGGAUCUAUGUCAUCUCACUCCUUAUCUCAGUCAGCAGUCACCAUAAAUGGAAACAUUGAUCACAUUCUACUAUGCCCACUGUCAUUAUUUAAACAUGUGUCAUCAUUCAUUGCAAUUAUUGUAGAUAAAGGAUUUUAGAUGAUGUUGCAAUCAUUAGAUCAUUUAUUAGAUCAUCUCACAUACUAUUAAAUAAAAUAGUUAUACAGUCUGAUGGAGUUAUAUUUACACAGUUUCACUCACAUACGCAGUCAAUGAGUGGAAAGGCUGUAGCAAACAUCCAUCCAUCCAUUUUCUGUGCCGCUUGUCCUCACUAGGGUCGUGGGUAUGCUGGAGCCUAUCCCAGCUGACUUCGGGCUAGACGCGGGGUACACCCUGGACUGGUCGCCAGCUAAUCGCAGGUUGUAGCAAAUUUGAGCAUUUCACAUCAUUGGGACGUGCCUCAAAUUUUAGACAUUUCCUUUUUCUGAUCAUUAGAUUCAAAUUUUGACAUUUUCCAUAUUGAGACAUAUAGAUAAAAUGUCAACAUUUCCAUUCAUUUUAGACAUUUGCCUCAAAUGCUGGCAUUUCCUUUCACUGGGACAUUUGGCUCAAUUUUAGACAUUUCUCAUAUCAACCAAAGCCCUCCCCUUUAAAGCCUCUUCCUUCUCCCAAAUCUCCCCCUCCUUCUGUGCUCCAUCCUUCCUUUCUAAAAAUGUCUUUCUGUCCUACUUUCUAGUCUUUUCCAGCUCCCUGUCUCUGCAGUCUGUCCAACUCUCCACCCCUAAACCUCAGCUACCCCCUCGCCUCCAUCAACACUCCCAGUCCAAUCCCCCCCAGAGGUACAUUUGUUGCAGAACCUGAGGGCUUCGUAAGAGGAUGACACUCUGCAUGAGGAGCUGUCAAUCACCUCAAUCCUAAAUCAAGAAGCAAGCAAAGACACCCAGUGGAAAGUUGUCUUUGCCCGGAACCAAAAGGAAAGCUCAGACCAUGGCAGCACAGAUCCCAGCUCUCCCACAGUCCUACACUCCAGGCACUGACAGCAUCUUCUCUGACCAGUCUGGCUUCUACUCUCUGGACUCUAAUGUUCCUGGUCUCUCCAAGGUGAUCCUCAACAAGCUCAACUUGACUGACUAUGGACAGUACAGGGCUGCCCUGUCGGGACAGGCCAAAGGAAUUGCCUUCCGCAACUACAAGGAGAUGUUCCAGAAGAUGGAGGAUACCUUCAAGUUCUGCACUGGUUGCAACAAACUUCCAGAGCAUCUGAGCGAGGGUCAGGUUCUAAAGCGCUGCGUCAAGUGUUUAAAUGUAUACUACUGCACCAAAGCCUGCCAGGUGAACAACUGGCCUCAGCAUAAAAAGGUAUGCAAGACGUUGCGUCUGGUGGCCAUUGACAGACUGGUGGAGUGGCUGAUGUUCACUGGAGAUCUCCCACUUGUUACUGACAAGUGGUCCAAGCCAGCUGCAGAGGUAAAAACCUGGCAGGACUGGCUUCCCCUGCAGGAGGACCACCUCACGCCCCGCCUGGACGCCAUCUUGACAUGCCCUAACAUGGAUGCCCUCUGGAAGAACGCCGGCAGGCCCAGACCGGAGGACGCUGACCUGCGUCAGUCUGUGUGGCGAAUUCAGAGCGAAUUUCUCUCCCGCAUCCUUACAGUGGCUGUCGCCAUGCAGCACUACAAACUAGACCCUUACGCUAAACCUCUCACCAUUCACAUAGUGGGGGCAUCCCAUAAUGAGACCAUGGGAGCCAGACUGACUGACUACGAUGAGCUGAGCAACAUGUUCCCAGGACAUCAGGGCGUAGAGGUAGUCAUGGUGGGACCAGAGGUAGUGGAGGGACCCAUCAUGAGGCCUCCACUCUCAGCAUUUGGGCCCAAAGAGAGGGUCUACAUCAGCGCCCAUAAGGGGCUCUACCAUCAGUUCUGGGAGGAGCUGGUGGAGAAAGAGGAGGCCUCCAAACCAGACCUGGUGGUCGGCUUUCAUCCUGGUUUCCAUGCCAACCAAGGCCUGGUGGAAGGUUGGCUCCCCACUCUUCUGCUGCUUCGAGACUACAACAUCCCAUCCUUCUUCACUAUGUACAGUGACAUGGAGCUGAAGUACUCACUGCAGAUCCUCCUUGAGUUAGAGAUGCACAUUAGGGACAGCGGAGCCAACCCAUUCACUUCACAGAAGCCAGAACAGGUGCAGGCCUGUCCCAACAAGCCACCUGUGUAUUGCAAUUCUCACUACGUCGCUUUCCAGGGACUGUUACCGCGAGAAGACCUCGAGGAGGCCAACUAAAAGAUACUUUUUUUUACUGCAUUUUAUUGGAUUCUGACACGAGGGGGCGCUAGCACGGUUCUAAUACUCAGGUUGCAGGUUAGAUACAUGCAUGUUUUUGUGUGCCUAUGUAACGAGACCAAAAUGACUCCAAUCAGCGGUUUCCAAAUCAGGUCACAUGUAUAUUAAUUGUUUUAGACGACUUUACAGGAGAUAUAAAUAGAUUAGUAUUAGUUAAACUUUUUCUCCAGUCUUUGUUGUAUCUUUGUGGUCUGGCGUGUACUAACAGACUAAAUACAUACAUAGCAGGUUUUAUUUUUUUACAGCUACUGUGUUAUAGCGCAAUAGUUCAGGUGAACCUAAUGUUGUGGUCAGCAAAUGGUUGUGUCAUGUAAUUUUUCUUAAAGAUGUAAUGCAACAUUGGCCUCUCGUGGUCACAAUACGUUAAAGCAGCCAAUUCGUCAGCCUCUAAACUGGACAGUUUCAAAUAUAAUGAAAUAAAGUAUCAAAUAAAGAGUAUUUAUGUAAGGGUAUUGCUCACUGUUUUC